UUUUCUAGUUUGAUUUGGAAAUGGCCCAUAGAUGAAAAAUCGAAAAUAAACAUCAUCAUCUUUCAAUCCCAGAAUUAAAUCGUUGUUGUUGUUUUUUUCAUUUGAGAAUUUUUAAUUCUUUUUCAAAAAUUCAAUAAAUAAUCACCGAACGAUGAACAGUAUGAUGAACAAUAAUGUAGCAUUUGGUGCGGGUAAAACGGGCGCCCGAUUUGAUCCAAUAACAUAUAUUACACGACCACAAGUUAUAUUGAGAUUUCUUUGUUGGUUAUGUUCAAUAAUUGUUUGGUGUUGUAUUUCAUUCAAUGCAUGGCAUAAAAAAGGCCGUAAAGAAUAUUGUCUUUAUAAUAAUAAUAAUGCUGCAUGUCGUUUUGGUUCAACAAUCGGUUUUAUCGGGUUUUUAGCUGCAACAGCAUUUUUAGCAUUGGAAGCAAUAUUUCAAAAUCUGUCCAGUAUUAAAUUACGUCGUCGUGCAGUGCUUGGUGAUGUUGGUUUCUCCGCUGCAUGGUCAAUACUUUAUCUAAUUGUUUUUGGUUAUUUGGCUAUUACAUGGGGUAAAGCUGAUUAUCCAUAUCUUGGUAAUGGUAUUAAUAAUUGUCGGGCUGCUAUUGUUUUUUCAUUUUUCUCUAUUCUCACUUGGGGUGGUUGUGCAUUUUUAGCAUACCAACGUUGGCAACAAGGAGCCGAUAUGACUGAAUUUACAAGCGGUUUUGAUCCAUCCGUUUUGAAUGCAAAUCAACAACAACAACCCGGUUAUACAACAAAUGAAUAUGGCCAACAACAACAAAUACAAGAUAAUAAUAAUUAUCAACAAUAUGCAUCAGCAACGGAUGAAGAUCCAAAUUAUCAUUCAAAUCCAUUCACGGCAAUGGCUACACAAGAAGCAAAUGUUAAUUAUCAACAACCAUCGUAUUGAAUGAAUAAUUAAUAAGAAAAAAAAUUAAUGGAUCCAGCUUUACUUUUAUUAGUUUAUCAUCAUCAUCAUCACAUCUUCAUCAUGUUGAUUU